CAAACAUAAACAUUAAAAUCAAAGAAGGCACCGGGCACCGCAUCGCUGGACUAAUAAUAAUCAACUCAAUAUUGCGAUUUUUGCUGAUCACCGCAUACUUUCACGGAUUCAAUUUCAUCCAGUGAAAAGCAGACGCAAGACAAAUAAUUGACACCAUGGAAGAGGACAGCGAUGAGGAGGUCUUAGUGUUGGUGCAGUUAAGCGGUAUGGGCAUCAAAGAUGUUCUCCGCUCCGACCCACCGCCCGAGUUCAAGAUCAUUGGACUGGAGAAAAACGAGCCUAUCAUUCAAAUUGGACCGCAAUUCUACGCAGGGAAGGCGGAAAAUGCUACGGGCACCUAUUUGUUUUUCAAAACCUCGCCCUUCGAUGCUGAAAAAGAUUACAAUGACUUUGACAAGGACAUGCAAAUGCAUCCACUCGUGUGGGCCGAAUAUUUCGGCAAAACCGGCAAAGUGAUGAAAAUGAAACAAAUCUAUCCUAAAGACAGGUCGCACGUCGACCCGAAUGAGUCUGUAAAUUUAGAUGACUCGAAAAUUGAUAGUGAAAUGGAGCAGAGUUUUUGAUAGUAAAUAUUAAAUUGUCUGUGGGAAUAAAAUUAAUUUAAAAUCAAA